GUGAAAAAAAGUUUUGGAGGUCUCAGCUGAAAUCACUUUUCUCCAACUUAGUUUCUCAUAUAUGUUUUUGUUUUUUUCACUUGAGGAAGCUUCUAGGAUCAGGAAUACGGAGAGAGAGAGCGAGAGAGAGAGAGAGAGAGAGAGGGGGGAAACGGUCUGGCUGCUUGAAGAUUUUUAGUUUCGACACCAAAAACUUUGGCGACAUGGACGCGCACCGCGGCGGCGCGCCUCCGGUCGGGCAGCAGAUCGUGCACGUCCGCGGGGACUCGCAGACGGAGCUGGAGGCCCUCUUCAGCGCCGUCAUGAACCCCAGCAAGACGGCCAGACAGCCGUCCUCAGUGCCCAUGAGGAUGAGGAAGCUGCCGGACUCCUUCUUCAGGCAGCCGGAUUCCAGAGGACACUCCAGACAAGCCAGUUCGGAUGGAGGUGUGUGCGGCUCCCUCACUCCGCAUCACGUCCGCGCCCAUUCCUCCCCUGCCUCCCUCCCAGUCAACUCCCUCUCCACUCAAGCAGCAGAUGUAGCGGCGGCACCGAUCAUACCUGACGACGUGCCACUCCCCCACGGUUGGGAAAUGGCCAAAACGCCUACUGGCCAACGUUACUUCCUCAAUCACCUGGAUAAGACAACCACUUGGCACGACCCCCGACUUUCGCAGCUCCAGUCAGCUGUGGCUCAGCAUCCCAUCUCUGGCACUCCGAUCCACAGCCACUCCCUCAGCAACCCAGCACCCACUACACAACCACAAAACAUCAAUCCAGAGACAGGUCCACUGCCUGAAUGCUGGGAGAAGGCUGUGACUGCAGAUGGAGAGGUGUACUACAUCGAUCACAUAAAUAAGUCCACCGCAUGGGUCGACCCGCGUCUAGCCCAGAAGAUGAACCCUGGCAUCCUUGGCUUGGCACUGCAGCAAAGGCAGGAAAAGGAAAGGCUCAGAUGCAAACAAGGCCUCCCUCCGCAAAUCACACAGGAGGCAGGAGGAAGGAACCAGAUGCCCGGUGGGAUGGACCAUGACAGGAACGCACAGACACUUGUCCCUUCUCUGGAUGUUAGGAUCAGAGCCUCCAACCACGAACCCACACUUAAUGGUGCUCACUCUCGCAACGAGAGCACUGACAGCGGUCUGAGCGUCAGCAGCUUACCCCGCACGUCAGACCACAUGUUGAGCUCUGUGGAUCACAUGGACACUGGUGACUCCGGCGACUCCUCGAUGACCUUACAGGAGUCGAUGCCUGUGCUCCCGAUGUCUGAGAGCGAGGAGCUAAUGCCUUGCAUCCCCGAGGGUCUCAGUUCAGACCUUCUGAUGGACAUGGAGACCGUACUCUCUGGGUCACACAUGGACAGAGACAGCCUGCUCACCUGGCUAUAGACACACCCAGCAACCGCCCCCAAAAUAUGGAUUGACAUCAAAUCUUCGUGACACGACUGAGAAAUCUGGAGAAACUUUGGCUUCAAAAGUGGUACAGAGGGAAAAUGCUACUGUUGUGUGAUGGAUCCUAACACUACUCGCCCCCCCCCCCCCCCCCCCCCCCCCUCCCCCGAGGAAUGAAAAAAACUCACUCUCGCAGAAGGUGGUAAGCUGCUGGUGUUCUCCUCUUUUUGGGUCUGGUUUUACAGAGAUGCAUGACGGAGCAUCCAUAUUUUUACAACGCUCCUUUCCUUUUAGUCAUCGACCCCAGAUGAUGCUCCCCACGUCUCUGGUAAAGUGCGUCACAGCUAAUUUUAGAGUACAGAUUUGUUUUAUUAUCCCCACAUGGGUAAUAGUGUUUGCAACAAAACUUUUAAAAACACAGUGUCAAGUCAAUGAAGUCUGCAUGUAGCAGUUGCGUAAAUGCAAAAAAAAAAAAAGACAUGUUCAACUAACAUAAAAGUUGCUGAAAAAUCUCCACAUUGCCCUGGUUACCUCAUAUAGGCUUGUGGGAUAAAAGGGCAACAUCUAGUGCUACUACCUCUAAGCAGACUGUAAUUUGUGGUUUUAAUGCUCCUAGUUGUCCAAAACGUGUUCUUAACAAGCGUCAGGACUGAGAGCAAGAGAUGAAUCAAAGAAAUGAUCUGCAUUAACACUACAUUGAUUCAAGAAAAUCAAAAAUAAUGCUCAAAAUAAUCAAAUCAGGGGGAGAGGACGCCCUCUUGUGGUGAGCCAGUAGAAGAUUAAGAACACUAAUAAGAGGUUUUACUCUCAAACUUUCAGCUAAGAUGCUCACAAGCCAAAAAAAAAGUAUUAAAACCCUCAUCAGAGUCACUUAUAAGUCUGUGUGGUAUAUCUUUGAAGUUUUUCAUAAUUAAUUUAAGGAGGAUAAGCUUUAUCUUUGGUCACAGUGGAGACUUCUUUCCGAACAAAUCAAAGCCUUCACAUUUAGAUUAAUAAAGGCUACAGGAUAUGGAAUCAAUAAAGUGUGUUUUAGGACUUCUCUUUACAGAAAGGAAAGCUGGGUUAUAAAGAGGAUGUCUACAGUAAAUGGACACAUGUUCAGUAUAAUGCAAUACAACACAACACAGGGUUUCCCCCAGGAAACUGUAAUCCUGACGCAUCUGGUCUUCUGACAAAUUUAGUCCCAUUAGGUAUUAGGGAUGCACCAAUCCGACUUUUUCAGUCCCGAUACCGAUAGCGAUACCUGGGCUUCGGUCAAUACUGAUCAGAUACCAGUGUUAAUUAAUAAACUGUAUGCCUCACUGUGUGGAAGUGAAUGGAUCAUUCUGUUAUGUGUAAGGCAACAUCAGGCUUGACUUGAACAUUACCUUCCUAACUUUAUAAAACUAAAUAUGACAAAUAAAUACAUAGAUGUACAUUUACUGAAUUGUUUAUUUUAUUAUUAAAAUAAUAUAUCGUAUACCAUCAACUUGGUAAAAAUCUUCAAAACGAUCAGGAAUUACAAUUCAAGUGUAAACAUUUUUAAUGUAGCAACAAAUUGAUCAAACUCAGACAGGAAUUAAAAUGUCAGUAUAUAAUGUAUAUAGUAAAUAAACACAGUAUUGAAUUUAUCCGAUCCAUCUAUUUGAGUCAGUCGGUAUCGGUGCAUCCCUACAGAAAACCCUGCAACAGCCUUGCUAUAAAAUCCCCUUUUUUGAAGUUACUAAUAUUCAGGUUUCGUUAAUACUAUUUUAGUUUUUGUUGUUGUAUUGGAUUGCAUUUUAUUGUAAAAAUGUCCAGUUAUUUUGUCCACUCCAGCAUUGAAUAUAAGCUUCACAAUGGUAGUAUUUAUUGGAGAUUUGUUUUAUGGGAUGAUGCAUGAUAUUGUACAGUUGUGAUAUUAUUAUGUCCACCCCUUGUUUAAGAAAUGAUGCCACAUAGUCGCCAUCAGGGCCAGAGCAGCUUCUACACUGGCUCUGAAACAUAAAUUAAAGAUAUUCAAUUAAUCAUUUUUCUCACAUUUCCCACUAUUGGCUUAAUACAUUCCUAAUAAUUUACUUUUUCACAUCUUAAACAUUUAUUCAUUCAGUGGCAUCAUAGGUUUGUUUUUAGUCUAUGGAAAUGAAUUACACAACAGAAGCAAGUUUCAACAUCUUAUAAUAAAUGAUCAUAUUUUAUGGACGCUUAUGGAUUAGAUGCCUGGACAGACGAUUAGACUGUUGUCAGGCUAUUAAUUAGGCGUUAUCAGUCGCUAUAAGCCCCAUAGAUGUGGGUCAAUAGGGGACUACUACACCCACUAGUAGGCUUUAUCACAUGGUAGAUCAUCAAAAGAAGGUAUAAAGGAACACGUCAGCAACCUCUAGUGACUGUAGUGAUUAUGUCAGGAGCAGAAAUGGAAGUUAGGCGCUGAACCCAAAUCAGGAUGUUUUUUCGCUAAACUUCAGUGAUUUUUGUUGCCUAAACCUAAAGAAGCCUUUUUGUUUGUGUUCAAAAAGUGACGUUUAAUUCAGUUUUACAAUAUGUUAGAACGUGUUGCUUUUACCUUUCACUUUUACAACACAGUAGGCUUAGUAGGCCUCUAGUGACCCACAUCUAUGGUGCUUACAGCGACUGAUAACACCUAUUUAAUGGCCUGAUAACUGUCGAAUCGCGUGCACCGGAACAGUAGAAAAAAAAACACAUUCAAGCUUCUAAAGCAGAGCAGCAUGGUUUGCUAAAUACUUGGCAGUGAUGUAAAAUGUAUGUCAUUUGUUGUAAAUACACUAAAAAUGCAAAAUCACUGGUAGAGUCCUUUUUAAAAUAAUCCUGUAAUAAUCAGUGCCAUUAAGAUAUUAGUUUGCUACCACUCUAUAGGGUUAUAAUUAUCUCUGUUUUCCACUAUUAAAGAGCCAUUUUGUAAGUGGGAAUGAGGAAAUAUUGUGCUUUAAAAAUGGACUUAAUUUGGAGAGUCAAGGACCCUGUUGUGCCUCCUCAGAAAAGCAACAUACUAAUUGCGGAUGCUGUGUUCUUGGUAUAUUUUGUUCUAACUGCAAGUGCUAUCUGGUGCUGUAAUACAGAAGGCAAUCGUUAAUAAGGGGAGCUCUUUAAUUCUCCCUUUUAGUUAAACUAUAUAAUAAGUAUAUAAUCUGUUUUUUAUCCGCUGGGUUGUUUCUGCAGUGUGUUUUUAUAUUUUAUCUGAAUUUGAAGCUGUUAAUUAUUGGUGAGUGUUUCUUCUAACCAGCUUCCUUUAUUUAUAUAUAUAUAUUUAGAGAGAGAGAGAGAGAUCUAUAGAUAUAGAUCUAUCCAUAGACAGAUCUAUAUCUAUAGAUCUAUCUAUAUCUAUAGAUAGAUCUAUAUUUAUAGAUAGAUCUAUCUAUAGAUAUAUACAGUAUUUAGAGGCAAAGACUACAUUCACAACAUCCACAAAUAAAGAGCCAAGUCACCUUAUCUUUUCUAAAUCAAAGUACCAUGGGCCUGGAGCGACUUACUGUUCAUACACGUAAUGCAACACACUACCUAGCCUUUUAUUUAUCUCAGCAUGCAUGACACUUGCUAUGUAUGUUACAUAUAAUUAUCUUUACUAUCCUAUUUACAGAGAGUUUGGAGGCAAUCAGACUUGUUUUGUACCUAUGCAUGUGCUUUAUAUAAAUAUAUUUCUUCUUACUCUCACUGUAAUCAUUUUAAAGGAGUUUCUGUUUAAUAAACUUUUAAAUACACCUGGCAAGUAGUAGUUUCUAGUGUGGCUUGUCCAAUGGUUGUAAAACUA